CGAACACUAGUAAAAAAAGUUCAUCAUUACUUAAUAAAGGUUGUAAUGUAUGUAAAGUAAUGACGAAAAAAUAGAAGUUGCAACACUUCAUCUAUAAAAUCUGUGAGUCAAAACAAGAAAUGAGCUGCGAUUCCGAGAAAACCAUUUCAUUUAUUUUAACUGUGACGACAUAAAAGUAACUAUUUGUGUGAACUUGGUGUGACGUAAUAAUGCGUUUGUAAAGUUUUCAAAUCAUUAUUUUAGUAAUAUCAUGCUGUGAAAACUCAGUGUAUACCCACGAGUGAAAAGAUGAAUGUGCCCUAUCCGCGCAAUACUCCGGAGGAGGUCAAUUCAAGUCCGGAGUACGACGUGGAAGAAAGACAGUAUGAAGAUGAAUAUGUGUCUUAUUCGCGAAUCUAUUCCGAUGAAUUCGAUAUCGAGAGUAGACGAAGUGUACCGAUGUGUUCCUCUAAAUCCCCACAAAAAUAUGAAAGGCGAAGUUCACAAAACUGUCGGCAAAAGACGGGGCAUGAUAAAAGAAAACGAUCAGGAUUGAGAAACAUAGUUAAGAAGGUAUCUGUUUCAGAUGCAAAUAUCGGAAAUACUUUAGUAGCUAAAAUGCUUCAAGCAAAAAGAGAUAAGUUGAAUAAACUUCGAAAUGAGCUUUUUGAUAUCACGCAAAAAUUUGAAGAGAUUUCAAAAGAAAAUAGAAUCUUGAAAACACUUCAACAAAAGCAAGAAAAAGUUAUUCGUAAAUUUGACGAGACGGAGAGCGAUUUACCACGAUUGCUAUCGCAACAGGCAGAAGAGGAAAAAUCUUUACGCUUCAGGCUGAGAAGAGCCCGCACUGCUGAAAGAGAACUAGAAUCCAAACUGCGCGAAAAUAGCAAAUCGAUGUUAAGAAUGGAGAGUACUUUGCGGAAACUAAAAGACGUUGUUCAAGAAAAUGAGCUCCAUGAAAGAUCGACGCUAACAAAAGAGCUUGCCGAUAGGGAGCGCAUUCUGGAGACCGCUGAACAGAAAAUUGAGAAGCUAAAUAAACAUGUGGAACUUACGUCAAAUUGCUUUCUGCGACAAAUUAAUAUUGAGAGGAAAAGACAUAGAGAAACUAAGAAAAAACUUGACGGAAUGGUGAAAGAAUUUGAUGAAACGAAAUCAAAAUUGAGAGAGAAAGAAAGGGCUCUUGGCAACACUAAUAUUUAUGCGAUGCGUAGAAAGCGACACAUAAUAUCGAAAAGUAAGUUUUCAGAGGUUCAUGAAUCCAAUUUUGCAGCACCCCCUACACUACAGACUACUGAAAUGGGAACUGAGCCUGAGAAAUUGAAAUCUGAAAAUGAUGGAAACUCAAAUGUAUUGGUUCAUUCACCAGAUAUUACACAGGUUAAAAAAGACGAUCUUUUGAACUCAGGUAAUCGAACCGCACAUUCGUUUGAUCAAGAAAUAUCUAUCUCCACAUCUGAAAAACUUAUCACAAAUGAGCAAGAACACACUGAUGCGAGAACUGCAGAUUUACUUUUCAAUUCAUCUGAGGAUAUUAAAAAUCCGUCGCCUUUUUUGAAAACUGAUGCUUCGGAACAGUGUAUGCCAGAAACAUAUGAUUCGAAUAAGAUAGAAACACCCAACACCGAAUUGCAAACAUCAUCGAUAUUUUUGACAAGAAAGUUUGAAACUCCGUCUUUACAAUUGUUACAAAAGUGUGAUGAAAAGAGUACACAAAAGAAUGAGGCUAAAGUAACAAGACAUCUUGACCAAAAUGGAAGACUGCUGGACUUUUCAAAUUUUACACAUCAAGAAAAUAAGCAUGAAAAUAAUAACAAAAAUAAAAAGGCUCAUACCUUAAUAAACAACAAAGAGGUAUUACCAAAUUCGAUUAGUACAUUAGAACCUCAUAAUAACGAAUGUAACCUGGAUUGCUCGAACCUAAAACUAGACCAAAUCUUUGUAUCAAAAUCCGAAUUAAAUACACAGAAAAAACUUUCAUCAAUCAAAGAGGAUUAUUGGACCGAACCUAAAAAAUAUACUGUAGAAAAAAUGCAGAAAAGAGGAUACCAAUUUUCAAAAGAAAUUGAAAAUCUCCAUUUGGGUAUCCCUUCAUCCAUUGAUGGCUGCAAGAAAAGGCUGGAAAAACUUGAAAAAGAAGUUAUCUAUUUUGGCAGUUAUUCUCCGACAGUUGGAGACACGCCCACUAGAAGAAAAUAUCUCACUGUGGGAAACUACAAUUCGACAGAAAAACAAUCAUUAAAGUCCUCUUACGAGAGAAAACAAGAAGAGGAGGAAACUAAGCCGUCGGAUCUAUUGAUGAAACUGUUUGGCAAGUUAGAAACUGACAAGAAGCAUUUAUUGGGUGACGUCAAUGGAAUUGAAAAUUGCGUUCUAUCUGCAAGAGAAAAUUGUGACUAUCCAUGGAAGAAUGAUCUGUCCUCGAAUCUCAAUGCAAACGGAGAUAACCUUGAGUCCCCAGUGAAAUCUACCAUGAGCGAUAUAAAAGAAUAUUCAAUUACCAAGACCAAAUACGAUAAGGAACCUACCUAACUCUUUUUAUAA